CGUAAAUAUUUUUAUAUAAGUCUUAGGACCUCGAAGUUCACUAAUUUAGAACUCCCACUUAAAUAACUCUCACCUAAAAAACUUUUUGAUUCAGUCGUGUUAAUAAAAUCGGAUUGUGUAAUUGAUUAGUUUUAGAGCGUUUGAUUAAAAAUGCUCCCUUCGUUCUUAAAUAAGUGUGGGGUCGGAUCCCAGUGCGGAAAAACUAUGACUAUUUCGAUAUCAACUCGUUUAAAAGGGACUAUUUUUUGUAAUCUGUGACAUAAUACUUUCAAGAAAACGAAAUAGAAGAAGGACCCACACCAAAUAACACUAGGACUAAAACGGAAAUUAAUCAAAUUAUAACCACAAAAAAUUUUUAAACCAUUUUGUAUACAAUAAAUGGCAACUUCUCUUAAAAGGAACAGCAGUCGAAGACGCCUUGCAGCAAUAACGUUCCUAUCGAACAUCUCUUUGGACGGUAGCUAUCGUGAUACACGUCUAUCCCUUUUACCAAGAAACGGAGCAAUCACAAAACCAGAUCAAUUUAACGAGGUUCUUAUUGAAGAAUCAGACGAUGGUUUUAGCGAUUGCGAACCAAAUUAUGGCAAACCACGGGAAUAUGCAAAGAAAAAGUUUAAAUCUAAAGCUUAUAGUUCAGAUGCGGUUUCCUUAAGUUCCGAUUCUGAAAGUGUUGUUACUCCAGUUAAAAGUAAUCAAGACGAAAAUGUACCAAAAAGUACACCUAGUAAAGAUAGAUAUUCCGAGCCUGUACAAGAGAAAAAAGUCAGUUUAAGACGUAAAAUUGGUGGACCGCAAGUAUCUUUGGGUAACGAUAACGAUAGACAUCAUGCUAGCAGUACAGAAAGCUUGACGCUUCUAAAUGUACGUACAAAACCUGGUUCGGCCCCAGCAGCUAUUCCUGAAGAUAUUAUCACCUCAGAAACGAAAUUCGUCGAUCCAAAACGUUAUAAAUUUAAUAACGAAAGGAUCGUGAUGGUGUCUUCGAAAUAUCUACCGUUUUAUGUCUGCUCAAUAAUUCCUUAUGUGAAAAAUCUACGUACUUCACGACCGGAAAUAAGAAGGGAAAUUAACCGGAAACGAAAUACUUCGGGUACUCGACCUCUUUCGGUUGUUGGAGAACUUGCAGAUCCAUUCGAUGCUUUUGGGAUUAGAAAAAAUUUAGAUGGACAAGAAGUUUCUUACGGAGAAUUAUUAGUCCCGUCUCGAGCAGUUAAGGAUUUCCGAGAUAGGAAGUGCAACUCGACGGAUGAGGUGCAAUUAAGAAAAAACGGGAAAUUGCCACAUCAAGCAAUAGCAAGGACAAAAGUAAUAACAUGGCAGCCUGAUUAUAAAUGGUGUUUCUCGUACGAUCAAUCUGCCCAAAAAGCAACGGCUCACGUUUUGGCAACAUCCCCACCAAGCGACAUUAAAAAGGAAGACGAUGUAACAUUCUCAACAUUAAUUUAUCACCCAAAUCUUCUCGACGAUCCUGAAUUAAUCGCUGGGAAGCACCGAACUUUAUUAACUUUCACUUCUUAUAUGACAUCCAUCAUCGAUUAUGUCCGACCUUCCGAUUUAAAGAAGGAAAUUAACGACAAAUUUAAAGAAAAAUUCCCUCACGUACAAUUAACUCUAAGUAAAUUAAGAAGUUUAAAAAAAGAAAUGCGUAAAAUAGCCAAAUUAGAACCAGGAAUUGAUUUAUUAUCGGUAGCCCAAGCAUAUGUCUACUUCGAAAAACUCAUCUUACGCGGCUUAAUCAACAAACAAAACCGAAAAUUGUGCGCAGCUGCGAGUUUAUUACUUUCAGCAAAACUCAACGAUGUUAAAGGUGACAUUUUAAGGGGAUUAUUGGAUCGAAUCGAAGCUGUUUUUCGUGUAAACCGUAAAGAGUUGGUUAACGCGGAAUUUGCGGUCCUUGUCGCCCUCGAAUUUGGACUACAUGUGCCCACGUGGGAGGUACACCCGCAUUAUCAGCGUUUAUUGUACGAAUCCUGACCAUGGUUAACCGUGUUCAAUAGAUCUCCAAAUAAUUUUGGUUGGAUCAAUAAUUAUGGAUCGUGUAUUUGCGAUGAUGCGAGUUUUAUUUUAAACUGAAAGAUAACAUAACAAAUAAAAUAAAAGAUGUGGUUAUAAUGAGUUAAUGAAAAAUUAUCUGUAAUAGGUACUGUGAUAGUAAAAAAAAUUAAAAGAACACUUCUUAGAAUUUUUGGAACGUUUAUGAAAUUAUGAAUCUUUAAAUUGGACCUAUUUAGUAUUAGUUCUUAAAAUUUUUGCAUGAAGUAAUAUCAUUAACGUGAUAUAACGUUGUUAUAUCAUUUGACAUUGACUUAACUUUGAAGUUAUGAAUUUUUUAUUAAAAAUGUGUAAAAAUAUAACACCUUUAAAACUUGUGUAAUGUAAUAACUUAAGAAUCAAACGCAGUACUUAUCGUAUCUCAAAUUUGAAACAUAAAAAUGUACAACACAAAACGUAAUCUUUGAUACAUUUUUUAAUGUUCUAAGAAAGCAUCGAAUUAAAUAUAGUUAGUUUAUUUUCGUUUGAUCAUUACCUCAUUUAGAAGAAAAUUUUAAUCUUCCAGGAUGUAGUGAUUGAACUCUGGAAAUAAAUGUACUCUUUUUACUUUGUAGAUAUACGAGUUAAUACAAAUUAAUGAUAUUUACGGAGUGAUAUUUUAUAAGGUAAUGUACUUAAAGUUUAAGAUUUUUUCUCUUGUAAAUAAGGCCAACUUUUGUUGUUAUUUCCUAUUUUAUGAUUUUCCGAUUACUUUUGUCGUCCUGUGUGUUAACUAAUAUUAUUGUUCCUUUUUCGAGUAUUUAUGUCACAGUUAUUUACUUGGUAAUGUAACCCUAAAAUACAGUAAAACAUAAAAUUAUAUUACAAAAA